AUGAGAAGUAAUUCCAUUAAAGAAGCUAGGGCAGUUUAACAAUCUAAUAGCAAUCCUGCUUUUGGAUAAACUUUUUCACCUUUAAAAGGAUAGGAAAACAUAUAUUAGCCAAAGGAUGAAUAGUCAUUUCAAGCUUAUAGAUAUUAAAAUGAGGAUGAAAAUGGAGAUUUAGAUCCUUCUUCAACUCUUAUUAUUGAAGACUUAAUGGCAGGUUAAAAGGAAUGGAAAGCAGUUCCUGAAAUUGUUAAAUUAACUCUAAAAGCAGUAAAAGAUGUUUUAAAAUCACAAGGAAAAAUGAUUAAAGAAUUCGAAAAAUAAAUUUCUUCUAAAGCUUCUAAAAAUGAAUUAAAUACUGGACUAUCUCUAAAAGCAAAUGUUUCAGAAGUAGGCAGAUAAGUUUCUGCUCUGGCAACUUCUGUUGACAAUAAAAUAGCAUUUGAAGAUGUGUAACUUAUCUUGAGGGAUUACGCUCUCAAGUCGGAAGUGGCAUUUUAGAUAUCUUAAAAGACAAAUGAAGAUGAUGUAAAAAGGAUUGUAUCUAAUUCUUAGGUAGAUAAUGAAUUAAAUGAUUAAAUUUAAGUUUUAGGAGCUAGAUUAGAUGAAUUUUAAAGGGAAUAUGCUAAAAGCUAGAUUAAUAAUAACUUUUAGAAUUAGGUUAUGAAAGAUGUUGAAUUUAUUAUUGGAUAACUUGAUACAAAAGCUAAUAUUAGCGAUGUUUAGGAAGCAUUAGAAACAAAAGCAAAUAAAUAAAGUGUUGCAAAUGCUCUUCAUCGUAAGGCAAAUAGAACAGAUAUUGAUGUAUUGAUUGAAAAGAAAGUAGAUGUCACUGAAUUGUAAAACAUUAUGCUUUUAUUAGAUUAAAAAGCAGAUAUCAAAAUAGCUCAAUAAAUAACUGAGUUAUUGGAUAAUAAACUUGAUAGAAAUGAAGUAGAAGAUUUGGUUGUUGUUAUAUCUGAGAAGGUUAAAAAAGACUAAUAAGCCGAUGUUGAAUAAGAUACACAAGUGAAGAGAGCCGGUAAAAAUAAAUAGAAUUAGCAAAAGGGCAAAAAAUAAAAUCACAAAAAAUCUAAUAGAGAUCAAGAUGACUACGAUGACAAUGAUGAAGAAUAAGGUAUCUAACACUUAAGAAAUUACAAAGGCUAAGAAGGUGAAUAUGAUGAUAACGAUGAUGAUGAAUUAGAAAAUAAAUAUUAAGAUUUAGAUGAUGAAAGUGAUGAUGGCAUAUAUAAAAAAUAGAAUAGAGCUACAAAAUAGAAGAAUAAAAAUAAAGGAAUUCAAGAUUAUUACUUAUAGCAAAUUUAGGAUCUUAAAAAGGAAAUAGAAAAUAUAAGGGUUAAUGUCAGUGAGUUCAAUUUAAGAAGUACUUAAUUCUAAUAGGAAUUUGAUAAGGUGAAAGAAGAAAACUACUCAAGCAAAUAAGAAAAUGAGCACUUGAGGGACAACUUAUAAAAGACUAAAAGCGAAUUAUUGAGAGAAAUUAAACAAUUUAAAGAGAUGCUCACUUCUCAGGAAGAGUAGUUUAAUACAGUUGUUGAAAGGAGAGUGGAAAAGUAGAUUGAUAAUAUUCGAUAAUAAAUAGAAGAAUUAAGAGUAGAGAGUCAGACUCAUAAUCAAGACACUUCAACAGCAUUGAGGGCUCAAUCUUCGAAAAUCUUUAGCUAGUACUAGAACUAAGUUAAUAAUCUGUUAGAAUAAAUUGAGAGUUUUAAAAUAUCUGUCGAAGAAUUGCUUUAAAAAAAGGUAGAUAAAUCUGAAGUUAUUGAAUUAAAGCAGUCUCUCUACGAAUAAUUUGAAUCUAAAAACGACUUCACUGAAUUUGCUAAUAGAUUAUCGAAUGACUUUUUAUCUAAAUUAGUUUAAGUUAAGGAAGACAUAUUUUAAUCAAUACAUUAAAUUGAGUUAGAAUUUAAAGAAUCUAUUUCGAUGAAAGCAGAUUUUAAAGAAUAUCAAAAGACAGUCUCCUCUAAAAUAAACCUCAAUUAAGCAGAACAAUUAAUUUAAAAGAUGUUCGCUGAAUAUGAGGUUGAAGUCAUGAGACAACUUAUCAACAACUUAGUAAGUGAGACUGAUGCUAAACUAAAUAGAUCAGAUUUUGAUGAAAAUAUAAAGUCUAUCAAAGAUACUUUUGAUCGUAUGUAGAAAGACAUCCUUCUAAAGGCAAAUAUAAAAGACGUAAUCUCAAUCGUUGAUACCAAAGCAAGCAUUAAGGACGUCAAUAACUCAAUUUAAGAAAUCCAUAACGAAUUAGAUAUAAAAAGUUCUGUUGAAGAUGUUGAUAAGAUAAAAAAUGAUUAAAUGAUUAUAAAUAAAUCUUUGUGCAUAGAAAAUAUUGUUGGAAGAUGGAUUUGGAAGAGUGGAUAGCUUAAAUCUGGUAAUGCUAUACCUUGGGAAGUUGAAAUAGUAAACACCUUAUAGGAUAAUUUCUUGUGGGAAUAAAAUAAAACUAGCAUAUUAACAGUAUCUCCUGGGCUUUAUUAGAUUUAACUAGGGUUCUUUAGUUCAAAUAGACCUACAAUUUAAUUAUUAGUAAAUGGGGAACCAGUAUUAGUUUGUGGAAACGAUAAUUAUAAAACAAUAAGUGGCAAUGUAAUUGUAAAGGAAAAUUGUAAAUAUUAAGAAAGUACUAUCGUUGGUACUUCUGUUAAUGAGUUCUUUACCUUACCUCCAAGAGCAAGAAUAAGCAUUGUUUAUCUAAAUGGAGACAAAGGAGAGGGAUUCAUUGGCUUAAAACGCUUAUGA